UUUGGCACCUCAUUUCAAAAAGGAACAGGUGGUCAAAAAUAUAGUUUGCUAUUAGAUGAGUCAACCGACGUGAGUGUCACAAAAUACCUUGGAGUUGUCAUAAGGUAUUUUAGUUCAGAUAAAAACAAAGUCGUAUCUGCGUUUUUAGCCCUGCAACCAUUGGAAAGUUCUGAUGCUGUUGGAAUAGUUGCGGCUCUGGUAAAAUGUCUAGACGACCAUGACCUUGACUUACAAAAUUUGAUUGGCUUCUAUAAUCUUCCACAUCUCAUAUUGAUACCAUGCGUCUGCCAUUCUUUACAAUCGGCUGUAACUCACGCUUCAGAAAAUACUUUGCCACGGAACAUAGAGUUUUUGAUUCGAGAAACAUACAACUGGUUUUCACACUCAACAAAGCGCCAACUUGAGUAUAAGAAGGUUUUUGAAUUAAUCAAUUGUGGUGAAACACCUCUGAAAGUUUUGAGGGCCUGUGACACGCGGUGGCUUUCGAUUGAACCGGCAAUUGUUAGAAUUUUAUCGCAAUGGGACGAGCUAAAAUUACAUUUUUUUUUACAACCAAGGACCGUUGUUAUACAGCAGAAAUGCUAUAUUCUAUGUAUUCUGACGAUCAAAAUCGUCUCUACAUGGUCUUUUUAAAAAGCAUUUUGGGUGAAGUACAACAAACUAUAAAAAUAUUUGAAAGCGAAAAAGGCCAACCCCGUAAAGCUGUUAAGUUCUUUAAUGACAUUGCUGCGUUCCGUAUGCCAAAGAAUAAUAUUGCCAAUAGCGGCAACAACAGACAAAGAUUUUAUCAACCUUAAAAUAAAAGAUCACCUCAAUCCUAUGCCUUACCUCGGAUAUCUUUUUGAGUCGGAAGUUCAAAAACAUCCAGAAUCCCAUACUGUGAACAUUGCUGUGAUAAGAUCGCGCUGUAUUGCUUUUAAUGUGAAAUUAAGAGAAGAACUACAAAAACGACUUCCAACCAACUAUGAAGCCCUACAAAAAAUGACACUCUUGAGCGAAGAAGAAACUUUAAAACAAACAAAAGACACUUCCAUAACAGUCCUUGCGAAGGAAGUAGGCAUGUCUGAAGAAAAAAUUGAUUAUAUCUUAUAAAGUCUGGCUAAUGAAAGUUGAUACUGAAAAAGCGCGGCAAAUUUAAAAAAUAUCAGUAUGGCAGCCCUAAAGUAAAAAGGAAAGUUGGAACAACUCACUUUGAUACUUUUUAUUUUUAUUUUACUAGUGGACAAAAUUGCAAAAUUUUGUCCGCGUUAUGACGAGAUUAAAAGUAGCUUAUAUCACUUUUUAACUCUUUAUUAUCACACGUCACUCCAUUGUGGCGAAUAUAGAGGGACAAACAGGCUAUCAAACACUAUCAUGAGUAUCAAUAUUAUCAUGAGUUUUAAAUAUUUGUAAAUCUAUGU